AUGACUCAAGUAGAAGAGCUAAACCUGAAGAAAAAUAUAAUCACAGCAAAGGAAUUCAAUGCCAUGGAUGUGAAGGAAGAAUCAGCCAAACAUGUCACAGCCUUCACUGGUGUCUGCAAUUCUGAUGAAGACUCUAGUGAUGAUGAGCUAACCUUUGAAGAACUGGCAGCAUCCUAUAGAAAGCUGUGUAUCAGAAGUGCUGAAGUAUGUCAACAAAGUGAAAAGCAGAAGAAGUACAUAGCUCAGCUGGAGGCUGAUAACAAAGGCUUUAGUAAAACAAUAUCUGAACUAAACAAUGAAAUUAUCAUGCUACAAUCCAAACUCGAUCAGAUGUCAAAAUCUGUAAAGAUGUUGAAUAGUGGCUCAGAUAUGCUGGAUGAGAUUCUGCAGAUUGGAAAGAGUUCAGGAGAUAUGUCUGGUAUAGGUUUUGUUGGUACAAAGAAACCUUCCCAGGAUGGGAACAGGAUUAAACCUGAAACUGAGAUGUUGAACCCGAUGUCAAGACAUGCGACCCAACAUCAAGACAGAAGUAUAAUGAAGAGAAAAUUUCAAAGAUGGAGAUGUCAUCACUGUGGAAGAUUUGGACACAUCAAACCCUUUUGCUUCAGACACAUGACUGGAAUCAAGAAUCUACUUGUGGAUAUCAGAAGCCAUGCUACUAGCUAUGUUACCUUUGGUGAUGGAGCUAAAGGAGAAAUCAAGGGAGUUGGUAAACUGAACUGCUCAGGAGUUCCAAAUCUGGAAGGUGUAUUACUGGUCAAAGGAUUGACUGCUAAUCUCAUAAGUAUUAGUCAACUUUGUGACCAAGGAUACCAAGUUAACUUCACUAGAGCUGAGUGUGUGGUCACUGAUGAAGGGAAGAAUGUAAUAAUGAGAGGAGUCAGAGAUCACAGAAGAAAAAUGGAUUCUAAGAGUGAUGAAGGGAUUUUUCUUGGGUACUCUACAAACAGCAGAGCCUAUAGAGUUUUCAACUCAAGAACUAGGGUAAUCAUGGAAUCUAUAAAUGUGGUGGUUGAUGAUGAACACAAACAAGCAGAUGUCACAUAUGAUGUUGGAACAUUCUGGGAACAAGCAGCUGAAGACUCUAGAAAAGAAGAUGAGUGCAGGCCCUCUGCUGCAAAAUCUGAAGCUGAACUCUCUAACAAAGGACCUUCCAUAAGAAUCCAAAAGGAUCAUCCUAGUGAACUUAUUAUAGGAGAUCCCAAUAGUGGAGUAGUUACAAGGUCAAGAGAGCAAGUAUCAAACUCCUGCUUUGUAUCAAAAACUGAACCUAAGAAUGUUAAGGAGGCUUUGACAGAUGAGUUUUGGAUUAAUGCUAUGCAAGAGGAAUUAUGCCAGUUUGAAAGGAAUGAAGUAUGGGAGCUGGUUCCAAGACCACAAAAUUCUAAUGUCAUUGGAACAAAAUGGACUUGA